AUGCAGGAUGUUUUUGUGAACGCGUUCCAGGCUGCAGGUCAUGCCAAUGUCGAAAAGGCGGCUAAAUUGUUCCAGUCAUUUGGCCCGAAAGAUCAGAAGAUUCCAGUACCGGUUCUCGUUGAUGCUUUGGGAAAACUUUAUGCAAAUAAAUCUUUUAUAGCAAUACUUCAUGGAGGAUUGGAGGCAUUCCGAUACGUGAAUAAAUUGGAGAGGUAUACAGGUCUAAUACAAACGGACCCUGCUCGUAAGGCAAAAGUGAUCAAAGAGCUGCAGGAACUAACAGACGAAUACUACUUUGGAGGGAAACAAGACUCAAUAACGCAACAAGAGUUUGUGGAUAUGCAAAACGAAUACUAUAAAGCCGGCAAAGAUUCCUUCAUCGAACGCAUGAAAAACUGCUUCAAAAAAGAAAUCGGUAUCUUCGACAUCAAUGGGGACGGGAUGAUGACAAGGGAUUCAUUUGUGAAAGCAUCCAUGGGUACUGGUCAAGAUAAUACUGACCUUCUCAACAAGUUCUUCCAAUCUCUCAAUCCAAAUGCUGAUGAGAAGGUUCCAUGUAAAGUAUUGAUAGAUGCGUGGGUGUUCUUUACCACAAAUGAAGAUGAAAGUGUGAAAGAUGUUAUCAAAGAGUCAUUGGAGGAACGUCUGUAG